CAGAUGAUCAGAUGACUACUGAGACCAAAAAUUGUUAGUAUCCACAGACAGUACAUAUUGGUGUGUGUGUGGUGGCCUCUCUCUUCCUUCCCGCCAUUAAAACUCAUCUCUCUCUCUCUCUACCACAUCAUCACCAUUAUUAUUAUUUCUCCUCUCUUUCUUUUUUCUAUAACAUAUUUUUUUCACCUUCCUCUUCUAUAAAUAGCCAGAAUAAUAGAGAGGUCCUGUGUUUUAUAUAUUUUUACUAGGGUUUUUUUUCUUCAUCAUAUAUACUUAACUUUCUUUCACUCUCAUCACUCAUCAUCAUCACCCCCAAAAAAUAUAUUAAAAAACCAUUUCUCAUAACCAAAUUCAUCUCAUCUCAUAAUUAUUAUAUAUAUAUUUGAAAAAAUUAAACUAGCUAGUAGCUAGGGUUUCAAUAUAUAUCAAUAGAGAGAGAAAGAGAGAAUUAUAUAUAUGAUGAGAGAUAUGAUGAUGGGGAGUAGUAUGUAUUCAUCAUCAUCAUCAAGAGGAGGAGGAGAGAUGGAGAUAGACAUGAACAUGAUGAAUAUGAAACCUGCAUGGCUAGAGAGGUUGAUGGAAGAAACAUUCUUUGGUGAUUGUGGGGUCCACAAAAAUCGAAGGAAGAACGAGAAGAACAUUUUUUGCUUACACUGUUGUCUUAGCAUCUGCCCCCACUGCUUAUCUUCUCAUACCUCUCAUCCUCUUCUCCAGGUGAGAAGGUAUGUUUACCACAAUGUAAUUAGAUUGGAUGAUCUGGAAAAGCUUAUAGAUUGUUCCAAUAUUCAGCCCUAUACUAUUAACAGUGCAAAAGUGAUAUUUUUAAAUCAGAGGCCACAAUCAAGGUCAAUCAAAGUUACAGCCAAUGCUUGCUUCACUUGUGACAGAAUUCUUCAGGAUCCAUUCCAUUUCUGUUCUCUAUCAUGCAAGGUAGAAUACAUGGUGUAUGAGGGUCAAAGUUUAUCAAACAUUUUACACCGAUUUGAUGAAUCAGACUUUGCAAUAUCGCAAUUCGAGGGACUAAGGGUAGAUGGAUCUGAGGUAAUUGAUGAAGAUAACAACCAGAUUGGGCCAAGUUCUUCAAAUUACUCCAUCAUCAAUGAAGAUCAGGCCACCAGCAACAAUAGAUUCCUCCCUCUCCCAUCCAUUGUCCUCUCUCUUGGUAGCAGAAGAAAAGGUGCUCCUCAAAGGGCCCCUCUCUCCUAAUAAUCCAUUUUCAUUCAAUUUUUAACAAUAAUAAUAUAUAUAUUAAUAAUUAUUUAGUUUCGAGUUUUCAGGACUAAAUAAGAAUUUCAUCAUCACUUUGAAUUAUUAUUAUAUGUAACUAUAUAUUGUAUGUUCUAAAGUUAUGGUAUGUGCAUC